UCCCCACUGCUCAUCGAUAAGCUGUAUUAGCCCAUCGCUAAUCAUAUCAGAGAGCGGGAAGAGCUGCGAGUGGCAGGCGGGCAGGCUUUGUGUGCAUCAUCCCUGUGUGGGUGGGUUUGCGAGUUAGCAGCAGCUAGUGAGGGAGGAGGGGUGUAUCCUAGCUGGGAGCUUUUCCCUGUUGUAGUAACCAGCCACACGCCGACUGCCAGCUAUUACUUCACUGCAGCAGGAGUCGGCCCCUUCGCACUGAGUGAGCCAGACACACUAACCUGACUGUCCCCUCCUCUCUCUGCUCUCCCCUCUGCAUAUUCAGCAGAGCUGCCCUCCUCUCCUCCUCAUCACUGUGCCACUCCUGCGGCGCUCUUCUUUGCUUGAAGGGGACGUUGGCCUGCUCCUCACCCACUGGUUCUGCAUGACUGUCACAAAGAUGUCAUGGCGCCCGACCUACCGAAGCUCCAAGUUUCGAAAUGUUUAUGGCAAAGUAGGGAACCGGGAGCACUGCUUUGACGGCAUCCCCAUCACCAAGAACGUCCAUGACAACCACUUCUGUGCCGUCAACUCCAAGUUUCUGGCAGUCGUCACGGAAAGUGCUGGCGGGGGCUCUUUCAUCAUAAUUCCCUUGUCCCAGGCUGGCCGUCUGGACUCUCAUUACCCGAAGGUGUGCGGCCACCAGGGCAAUGUGCUGGAUAUCAAGUGGAAUCCGUUUUUUGAAAACGUCAUAGCCUCCUGCUCUGAGGACACCUCGGUUAGAGUAUGGGAGAUCCCAGAAGGAGGUCUGAGGCGUAACAUGACAGAGGCGGUCCUGGAGCUAUAUGGUCACAGCAGACGAGUGGGUCUGAUCGAGUGGCAUCCGACCAGCAGCGGCAUCCUCUUCAGCGCCGGCUACGACUAUAAGAUCCUCAUCUGGAACCUGGAGACAGGAGAGCCUGUGAAAAUGAUAGACUGCCACACUGACGUCAUCUUGAGUAUGUCCUUUAAUACAGACGGCAGCCUGCUUGCCACCAGCUGCAAAGACAAGAAGCUGCGCGUCAUUGAGCCACGCUCUGGGAGAGUCCUCCAGCAGGCCAGUUACAAGAACCACCGUGUGAACCGAGUGGUCUUCCUAGGGAACAUGAAGCGGCUUCUGACCACGGGGGUUUCUCGCUGGAACACCAGGCAGAUUGCUUUCUGGGAUCAGGAAGAUUUGUCCAUGCCUAUUGUGGAGGAGGACAUAGAUGGCCUCUCAGGACUGUUGUUCCCCUUCUUCGACGCGGACACACACAUGCUGUACCUGGCAGGCAAGGGCGAUGGCAACAUUCGUUACUUUGAAAUCACUACAGAGAAGCCGUACAUUCAGUAUCUAAUGGAGUUCCGCUCUCCAGCCCCACAGAAAGGACUGGGUGUGAUGCCAAAGCACGGGCUGGAUGUGGCGGCCUGCGAGGUGUACCGCUUCUACAAACUUGUCACCCUCAAGGGUUUGAUCGAACCCAUUUCUAUGAUUGUGCCAAGAAGAUCUGAUACAUACCAGGAGGACAUCUAUCCAAUGACAGCCGGGACCGAACCUGCCUUGUCCGCCAGCGAGUGGCUAAGUGGGAUUGAUAGAGACCCAGUGCUGAUGUCUCUGAAGGACGGUUACCACAGACCAAACCAGUUAGUUUUUAAAGCCCCAGUGAAGGAGAAGAAGAGUGUGGUGGUGAAUGGGAUUGACCUGCUGGAGAAUGUCCCACCCAGGACAGAGAAUGAGCUCCUACGAAUGUUUUUCCGGCAGCAGGAUGAGCUGCGGCGGCUGAAGGAGGAGCUGACCACGAAGGACGUACGAAUACGCCAGUUGGAGCUGGAGCUCAACAACCUGAAAAACGUUAGCCCCAAAGACGUCUGACCUCCGAGCCUUGUGGACUGGCAAAGCUGCUUCCUUUGCUCCCCGAUUCUGACCUCCAAAUAGCCUCCGAGUCCCACCAUGUUGCUUUUUUUAAAGAACUUUCCUGCAUAGAGUACAAAUAAACUGUUGGAUAACGUCUUAACCGAUGCAAUUACUGGAUUCUUAUACUGUAGUAGUAUUUAUUAUCAUUAUGAUGAAGAACGGGCAGUUCAGGGAUUUUCAAUUUAAAAUGUGAUCAAUCGGGGGGGAAAUAUAGUACAUGUCCUGUUUCCUCUAUGGAGAUAGCUCUUCAUUCAGUCAUUUAUUUUUAACUUCAGCACAUAAACAUUUGUGCCAUUUUCCCUGACCUUUUCUUUGUAUGGAAAUGCCUUGUUAGAAAUGCAAAAAAAAGAAAAAGAAAAAAAGCCCCUUCACCUAUCCUGUGUUUCUGACUAAAUCUCCCUCUUUCUCACUUCCUGUUAAACCAAAACAGGAUGAUAGACUCCUACCCAUCCUCCCCCAGCCCGUGCAGUUUGCAGUAAGCUGCAGCAUUAUCCCAGAAUAACAGAGGUGAAGUAGUUUCACACCUGUCAAGUAGAGAAGCAUUUUGCAGACAUGGAUUGUGUUUUUUUUUUGUUUUUUUUUCUCUAAAAAAGCUGCUUAUCCUGUAACUGCUUUCCUUCACCUGUGGUAUAAAAUGACUUCUCAACACUGACUCAUAGCGCCACAAAUCCCGUCUUUUCAUGAGAAGAGCGGAUCCUUAACUUAGGUUUUUGACUCUGUGUUCAAAUAGUGCAAAAGUAGAGAACACAGAUGGUAGACAUGUGUAACUACUCACAUUUGUCCUCCGCUGAGGCUGCUUUUUAGUGGGCCAUUUUGAAGAAUUGAGGAUGAUAAACAUUUGCUUCCAUUUAUUUGACACAUUUAAACUUUUUUAGCUGACAACUUGCCUACUUAUUAACCCAUUUUUUUGUAUAACAUAGCAAAAGUAACGGUUUUGAUGCUCUCUAGAUAGUGCUGUGUGUAUGUGACUGAAACGAUGCGAAAUCUGUAUGGAGCUGCUAAUUAUACGACUGUAACUGGGGAUGCGUUUGCUUUUAGUUGUCAUUCUGCUUUAGUCACCUGUUUCUAAUUCACAUGUAACAGCAAACCUUGGCUACACUGCAGUUUAAGUGCCUCUAUUUAAUGUUUUAGACGGCUCUAAAUUGCACUUGAUUAGCUGUAUUUUAACAGCUGGGUUUUCUAUGCAAGCUAAAUUUCAGCCAACCUUUUGUUGUCUUUGAUUCUGCUUCCUGUAAAGCAAGGCAAAGAAAGAGGAAGAAUCCACCAGACGAAAGAGAAGAAAGUAUAACAGGUAGGUCUGGAGUUAAGGAGCAGAUGCUUUGCUCAUCACAUCCUUGCAGAAAUGUAAAGUUCAAAUCUCUAGGACGAAUCAUCAGGAAGUGUAAUAGUGUCAUAUGGUGCAUGUGUGUUUGCAGGUUUUGAAAAAAGGCUGCAAUACGGUAGACAUCGGAAGGGGAGGCAGGAGGUUCUGAGUAGGUAGCCAAAUGGUAUUUUUGCUUUGAUAAUCUUGUCAAAUGCUUCGAACUUGAAUUUUUAACAAAUCAAUUAAAUGUGUUUGCAUUAUACCGCACCUCAGAUUUUGUAAACGAAAAACAGAAAAACUCAUCCUUCUGAUCGUAAACUUGAGUCUGUUCCCUCUACUCGUUUAAAAAUUCCUAAACGAGGGACAGAUUUGAUGGGUUUUUUUUUUUCUUCCCCUUCAAUUUGACAUUCUAAUGUAGACAGUUAAAAAAUGAACACAAACGAUUGGGCUUAAUUGUAGGCUAAACAUAUUUCCUUUGAUCUCAGGUUUCUUUGCAUUUGGCAUGCCAGCUGAGGUCUGUAAAGUCUGAGUCACAGCGCCUGGGAUUUUGCAGCUUUUCUAAACAUCUUGUCAGAAUAAACUGGUGCAUCCCCUUCUCUGGAGACUGGAAAAUGACUGAAGUGUUUCCCACAAAAGAAUAAUUUUUUUCUGACUGAAGUGAUGAAUUUCACAGCCUUUUGAAAUUGCUCUAAUACGCUUUCCAGCUGAUGGGCAGCAGAAAUUGCUUUUCUGAAGUUGUUGCUGGGCAUCACACCACUAUGCCGACAAGCACAACCCUAAAUGGCCCUUCUUUUAUAGAAGUGAUUUAAUGUCCUUUUAUCAGCAGUACAUAGCUACUAUCACUCCUAUUUAAGACAUGUUGAGAGUGGAUGCUGCUGCAUUUGUCAUUUUGAGAACAUAAGAAAAAUACCGGAAACACGAUUCAUAAUUUUUUUUAGAAUUUGACUCUAAAAGCAAUAAAAUUUAUAUUUUCAUGACUACACUACAAGAACCACACCCACACUAGACUUUCACAAAAAGAAAGAAGCACGUUUCAAAUGGUUUAUAUAAAAAGGAUUUAUUGAAGUGAAUGGGAGAGAAAAAGAGAAACAAAAUUUUUAUGAUGACGCUGGAUUUAUCAGAGCGAAACAUUUCCGAGGUGGGCCAAUUCGACCGUUGCAAUUUAUGAGAGCAAAGUCCAAUUCAUUGACUGUGUUCCAAUUUCUCACACUUUGAAAUAACAUAUUUAAAUGCGCAUACACUGCAGUUGUAACUUCCAAUUAACACCAAUUACUUCUCUACACUAACACCACCAGCUCAAACAUGGUCACCUUCAUGUGUCCCAAAAAAAAAAAAAAAAAA